GCUAAGGGCGACCCACAUGUCGACUGUGCACAAGCCCAAGUUGAGGAAGAAAAUCUGAAGAAAUACAGAUAAAGAACGAAGUGGAAUCUGACAUGGAAAAUAUAGGAGCGGCUGUCAUUGUGACAGGGCGGGACGCGGGCAACGAGCGGCGUGCCGCGUUCCGAAAUAACAUUAAAAUAAUUAUAGAAUCGUGCACUGCCUGCCCGUUCAAGUACAGGAAGGGUACUUACCUGUGCUUCUACUGCAAAACCUCCUUCUUGGAGCCAGAGCGUCUGCGCGAACACACCCGACAUCAACACUCCGACGUCAAACAACUCCUCAAACCUCGUAAAUACGAACCUUUGAAAAUGGACUUCGCUCUCACAACAUGCAAAUUAUGCGGUUUCUCCAUAUCUGAUUACGAAAUGCUCAAAUCUCAUUUACGAGAACAUGGAAAACAUCUGGACUGCUCCUAUGGUGAUAGUAUACUGCCAUACAAUUUAACUAAAGACGAACAUCGGUGCCAGAUAUGUGGUAAACGAUACGAGAUGUUCUUAAGUCUUCAUAAACAUAUGAAUGAACAUUACGAACAUUUUAUAUGUGAAACUUGCGGCAAACGGUUCGCGACAUCACAACGCAUGGUCAAUCACGCCAGAACCCACGAGAGAGGGGACUUUCCAUGCAAGCGUUGUCAGGAUACAUUCCCGUCUUACGCGUCUCUUUACGCGCACGUAGCUAAGAUACAUAGAUCAAAUAAGAGAUACAAGUGUCCGAUUUGCGAUGAAAAAUUCGCCUCGUACAAGCAUCGUUUGAAACAUCUAAAUACUAUUCACGGAGAGAAGACUGCAAUAUUCCCAUGUCCCUCAUGUCCUCGAGUUUUUGAUCUGUGCAGUCGACGAACUGCACAUAUACGUUUUCAACAUCUCCAGGAGCGUAAUCACUCGUGUUCUUUGUGUUUUAUGAAGUUUUUCACUAAAUACGAACUUCAAGAACAUUCUAUCAAACACGGAGGAGAGAGGAUAUACCAAUGCGAUGUUUGCAAGAAAUCCUACGCCCGCUUGAAGACAUUGCGAGAACAUAUGCGAAUACAUAAUAAUGACAGACGUUUUGUUUGUCCCGUUUGCGGACAGGCGUUUAUCCAGAACUGUAGUUUAAAACAGCACAUGAGAGUACAUCAUCCCAGUCAAACGAAAUCUAACGCAUUUUAAAUUAUUGACUCGUUUCAUCAUCAAGGAGAUUUUAAUACGAAGCAUAAAUAUUUAAAGUCUUAUCUAUUUUCUAUUAUUAAUAAAAUAAAUGUGUAUUAAUAGAUUUAACGUUAAAUUUGUUUUAUUAUUUUUAAAUCAAAUAUACGCUUUCAUUAAAGCAGUAUAUGAAGCGCCAUAUUUCUUAUUAUCCUCGUUACAUUAAACCUUGAGAGAACAUUCUUGUUUUUUCUAGAACGUUGGAGCACAAAACUCUAUGGUUUUAACAUUUAAAAUGUUAAUACCAACUUUACCUUUAGUGUUUCAAAGCGGAUCGUUUCGAAUCAAUGAUAUAAAAUUAUGAAAAGGUUCACGGGGAAGCUAUAUUUUCGACAUUGAACGUAGGUAGAACGCAAAGGCUCAAAUAUAGAUAUUCUAGUUCAACAAAACCUUUACCAGAUAAAAAAUAACUGAAAUAAACUAAGAUUUGUGUUCAUUUGUUGUGGUUGAAGUUGACACGAUUAUUUU